AUCUGUAUUAUUUCGGUUUAAAAAAGAGAAAACUUGUUUCGGUGGCGCAAAGAUGUUGCUGGUGAUUCCGGUGUUUUGUGGAAUGAGGAAAAAUGUAUCGAUCUUGCGUUGUCUUGAAUGUGUUAAAAUCAAUUAGCAUACUGUGGUGGCUGCUGGUGCUGCAGCUUCUGCCACCUUGUGGAUCGUUUUUCAAUGAAUCGUCUGUUUUCGGCCCGGAGAAGCUGCAGGCCUUCAAAGUCUUCGACGACGAACAACCGGGCCAGAUAUCUGGUCGCAGCUUCAUAUGUGUUCCCUUGUUUCGGAUCUUCAACCUGGAACUGAGGCAUCAGAUUCGUCUGGCGCCAGAUGAGUAUGUGGCUGUCAGUGGCGACCAUCCGGCUCUGGGUUCCUGGAAUCUGGACAAGGCGGUGCCCCUCAAGGAACAGGAUAAAGACCGCACGAAAUGGUACCUCCGGAUAUGGAUAUGUGCUACCCAGCGUUUCUACUACAGGUACUUGAUCUACUCCAGAAAUGCCCAGGGAAAGCGUAUCCUGCGCAGGUGGGAGGGCCAGACAGUGGCUAGGAUGCUGCAGACCUACGAAAUGUACCGCUCUCCCGGUCUGGACAUCUUUGGAGAAGCCUAUCCCACUUCCGUCGGUGGAGGUUUCAGCCUGGAAAGAGGGUGGCUUCAGCACGAGUACGUCAUCGAGCUGAAGUUCACCUGGCAGGAUCACCUUUUAAUAGCCGGCCUAGCCAGUAAUACAAAGUAUCGACUGAUCUUAACGCCCCUGAACUUAAUGGACGAUACGCGUAUAGAGGUCUCUAGAUUCUCGUACAAUCACUCAGCUUUCCGCUCGCAAAGUAAGCAUGGAGUGCGUUACACCCAAGGAUCGGUUGUUGUUUUUCGGAUUUAUCAACCUUUGGAAACCUACAAUGCUUUCCGUUUAUCCAUUUACCAGGGAUCUAAGGACAUCCGGCUAAGCGUGGGAGAAGCCUACAUGUUCCCCGAACAGUUUAAAGGAAGUCGCGGCAUUCUACAGGUUCCUAUCCUAGCCAGCCUGCAAGCCAUUUCCAUUGGAGAGCUAACCCUGCCCUACUUGGUGGUGCAGCCCAUGCCCAAAGUCGAGGCUGGAAACCUAAGGGCCAGUUUCCAUCAGUAUUGGCCGGAUAAUUGGCCCACGUUGGAUGUAGGGUACCGCGGCAUGGGAGCCAGUUACUUUCAAUCAUCAACUAGUCUCACAGAAAACACCAUUGAGAGCUUCAUGGCAGUGGAAAGAGCCAAAGGUGAUAUGGUACAAUUGGAUGUGCAGCUCACCAAGGACUAUGUUCCCGUGAUUUGGCACGGCUUUGGCUUCUAUACCUCCAGCAAAGAGCAACAAAUAAGGGAUCGUUUUGAUCUCAGAUAUGUCUUGAUUAGGGAGCUCACUUACUCGGAAUUAAAAGCUAGUAGGGUUUUUAUUUUAAAACGUUGGACGCUGCAGGAGUACACCCAUCUUAACGUUAAAGACCCAAGUCACAACGCGAGAAUCUUUCCCAAACUCUCGGAGGUUUACGAAACUCUGCCAAAAACCUUGGGCCUCAUAGUGGAAAUCAAGUGGCCACAACUAAUGGCCUCGGGAGUUCUAGAAUCGAGCCAGACACUAAAUAAAAACGUCUAUGUGGACAAGACCAUACAGACCAGUAUCCAGUAUGGAUGUGGUCGUCCUCUAAUCUUCGCCAGCUUCGAUGCGGAUAUCUGUACCAUGCUGCGCCUUAAACAACACAUCUUUCCCGUCAUCCUGAUGAGCAUUGGCGAUUCCCGUAUCUGGGAUCCUUAUAUGGAUCUAAGAGCCCAAAGUCUCCAGCAGGCAGUUAACUUUGCCCAAUCGGCAGAAAUCCUGGGAACAGCCGUGCACAUCGAUAACUUUCAAGGGCAACACCAGCUGGUGAACCUCGGAUUGGAUCUCCAUCAGGCUAUCUUUUUGUGGGGCAACCAUAUGCAGGAUGUCCAUCUUUUGGAGCAGUUUCGGAUCUUGGAUGUCACGGGAUUAAUAUACGAUCACAUGGAUAAAGUGGGGCCUUCCAGCUGGAAGAGAUCUGUAUUUUUCCGAGCCCCUCAGCUCUUGGAGCUAUUUGGAGCUCAGUGCGUGGCCAGCGGGAACUCAACGAGUAUUCCGGGCGCCAAGCCUGUUAAACCUACUAUUUGGCCAAAGUUGAGAUAGUUAGUUAGAGUGAAAGUUAAUAAGUCAUUAGCUAAGUAAGUAUUUUAGAUAAAACAUAGUUAAAAUAG